AUGAAAUCUAAGAAGUAUGAACAACCUAAGUCCAUUCCUGAGCGAAUUGAGAAGGAGGUUGUCCAACCAGUUCAAGAACCUGUGGUAAAAGAUGUUGUUCCUUCGAAAACAAGUGUACUUAAACGAACCAAGAAGCCAUCACAUCGACCUCGUCACUCACCAGAACAACCAAUCAUUAAAGAAGUUCUUGUUAAGCCUCUCUCUUCACCAAAGGAGGGUUCUAUUUCGAAGAUCAAGAAAAUUUGCAAACCCCAGCUCAAUCGAAGGGGUGUGAUAAUUUCUGAGGUUCCAUCUGCCGUUUCACCAGCUUUGAAGAAACGCAAAGCACAUGAAAUGGUGAAAAUAUUAAGAAGAAAAAGAAGCAAUUGGAAGAUCCUCUUGAUGAGGUUGUUAUGGAAACAAAUUUCGAAAGUGGAAGCGAUCGUUCUCCCAUUCAAAAUGAAGAUAUUGGCUUCGCAUCACCACAAAGCGACUCUAAAGUUAAGUCGAAUUUCGAGGAGACUAGAAGUCUUGGUGGUUCUGUGA